UUUUGAUUUUUUUUAAAAUAAAAUCUCUGUUAGGCAUGAGUGUAAUUAUGAUAGCUGAUUUACACCAUUGGAAAUACCAUCAAUUAUAUCAACUCUCAUCUUUGCCAAAUUAUCAAACAUUAUUUAGUACAGAUUCUACAGGAAAUAAAUUUAUUCUGCUUUAUCAUAAUAAAAAAGUUGAUUUCAUAGACAAGAGACCUCUUAAAAUAAUUCAGAUGUCAGGUUGAUAGUAUUUUAAGGACAUGUAUCUGUGCAUACCAGAAAAAACAUAUAUGCCUCGCUUUUGUUAUACAAAGUACCUUUCUUUGUGGAAGGUUUUUUGGGGUAGGGGAAGGUGCAUGCUAUUUUAGGAUUUCAUUCUCUGGGAAUAAGAAGGGCUAUGAUGGGUAGCAAAUGGUCAAACAAUUAUUUGCUUUUACCCACAAAAACAUUCUUGCUUGUGGUUGAUCUUAGAGUCCUGAUCAGCUGUCUCCAUAGGGUAUUCUUUCCAGUAACUGUCUAACUCUGACACCCUAGGCCUCUUCCCAGCCUGGAUACUUUGAAAGUCUGACAAGCUAAGUGGAAAUAGACCACCUGCUAUGAAUCCAAAGCUCACUUUAAUUUGGACUCCUCUGUCUUCCACUGGCCUGAUAAAAAUCAGUUUAUCAUAUUAAGAAAGGUCAGUUUUUACUAGAAUUCAAAUUUUCAGAUCUUGGGAAAAGAGUGAUUUGUAUGGCCAAGUUAUUCUAUAUUCUAAAUACCCAGGCACCUUCUCCCUGCCAUGUGUGUGUGUGCAUGUUUAGAUUUCUGAGACAGGGUCUCAUGUAGCCCAGGCUGUCCUGGAAUUCUUAAGUAGUGGAAGAGAAUGACCUUGAACUCCUGGUCUUCCUGAUGCCAUCUCCCAGGUGCUAAGAUAACAGACCUGGACCACCAAAUGGGGUUUUUGAUUACUUUUCCACCAUCAGGGACCAUAUUCCAUCUUAGUCUCUUGAACAACAUGCUGCGUUUACAAGAAGUGGCAUUUGCAUUACCAAGGAAAGAGUGUUAGAAUUCACAGAGGGCUCAGGACACACAUCAGUGGUUUAUAAUCACACACUCUCUGAGCCCCAACAACAGCCUUCUAUAAAGAAGCUCAUGGGGUUCCCAAAGCACAGAAAAGAACAACUGAGACCCAGAAAAAAAGACCAGCUGAAGGGCUUGAGAUGGGUUUAGAAGCCCCAAUGGCCUCUGUGACCCCUUUCUCUUUUUCUUGGUCUUUCAGGACCAUUUGCUUCAAGUAACACACACACACACACACACACACACACACACACACACACACACACACACGAGAAAAUGGGUAAGAAAGAACCAAGACGGAAUGCUCUGAAGGGAAGGAGAGCAGAUAAUGAACCCAUCUAUCCUUUGGAAAUUGUGAAAAACAAAUAUUUAGAAAGUAAAGUCAAUUCCCAUCCUGUAUUCACCAUGAUCGCCCUACACAAAACCACACAAAGUCUCUUAUUGAGGUAAUUAUGGACCACUGCCUUAGCGUUUCAAGGAAAAUCUCCUUGUUUGGGCUACCCAGGAUUUAUAGGGGAGCUGAAAUCAUUAAAUAACUAGUUAACCUCUGUUUGGCUAAAAGAGUAAGCAAUUACUGAAAGAAAAAAAUUCCCUGCCUUUCACAAACAGCACAGAUAGCAUCCUGAAGGGAUUUACACAAUACACCAACGUCUGUGCUGUACCUAGAGUUGUUAAAAUAAUUGUGAUGACAGGUGUCUAGGUACCACUUUCUUAAUGGUUUUCAAUAUCCAUUGAUUUAUUGUUGUGGCUCCCCCCCAUGUACAUCUCUAGCUUUAAGAAGGAGCUGAGAAAAGAGAUUUUGCACCAAAGGCUGAUUCUUUAUUCCUGCGCUGAAAAGAACUAAUAAAAAUAAUCACUCGGCUUUUAAGCAGAAAGCUUCCAUUUACAGUAUUUCACCCUUACCCCCCCUCCAAGCCCCUUGUUAUCUAACAUAAUGGCUAGAAUACAUUUCCGUCUCUCCCCUUAAUAACUUCAUGCAUUAACAUCCUCUUCACACACGCGCGCGUGCGCGCGCGCGCACACACAUACACACACACACACACACACACACACACACAGAGGCACAGGCACACGCGCGCGCGCGCCCAGCAAAAGGGGAAAAAAAGAGGCAGCAGAAAUCUCAGCUGUACUUCUAGCCCUUUUAAAAAGUUUGCUCUGUAAAUUGGAAUGAGGUCAGAUUUGGAGCUUCUCAUUGCACGCGGAGAUUAUUAUUGCAUCGGGUUCCAAGCCAAUGGGAAGGACAGGGGAGGGGCUUGGCACGAGGAAGCGUUAGUUACAGCGGCUGAUUGGCUGUCUGCGAAAGGAUAAAGAAGCGCGAGGCGGAAUUGGGGUCUGCUCUAAGCUGCAGCCAGAGAAACAGAGUGAGGGGAAGAGGGCCGUCUCCCUCCCGGUCUCCAGUUCUUGCACGCUCUUUCUUAGAGAGUCUGCAGUGGGAGAACUCUGCCGGUAACCAGCUCCCCUUCUUGCAGGAGGGAGGGAGAAACAUACAUUUAUUCAUGCCGGUCUGUUGCAUGCAAGCUUCUUGGCUUCCUACCUUGCAACAAAAUAAUUGCACCAACUCCUCAGCGCCGAUUCCGCCCACAGAGAGUCCCGGAGCCAGAGUCGCUUUGGCUUUGCACUGCAGGAAAGGGACUUAGGCGCUAGAGACGAUGUCGCUUUCCUGAGCUACCGCGAGCUCUCGUGAACUGCAAUCGACUGCUUCAGGGAAGGGGGGGGAGGGAAGACUUGCCCCGGAGGCGGCGAGAAACUUGCAUUUGGAAGACACUCGGGCCAUCAACGUUUGGAGAAACUCCUAGCUGUGGCCGGCUCAAGCCUCGGCGCCCGCAGGGAGCACUGCAGCGGUGAGGGAGGACGGAGGGCCGCGGGGACUCUAGGUCGGCGGCAGGAGGCGGCCGCCCCUGGCCCGUGCGCCGCUCGGGGGACCCUGGUCUCCGCCCCGGGGAGCCCGCAGGGCCCGGCGACCGCGCCGCGAGCGUGUGAGCGCGCGUGGGCGCCCGGCGAGCCGGGGCCAUGGUACAGCAGACUAACAACGCGGAGAACACGGAGGCGCUGCUGGCCGGGGAGAGCUCGGACUCGGGCGCGGGCCUGGAGCUGGGCAUCGCGUCCUCCCCGACGCCUGGCUCCACCGCGUCCACGGGCGGCAAGGCGGACGACCCCAGCUGGUGCAAGACGCCCAGUGGCCACAUCAAGCGGCCCAUGAACGCCUUUAUGGUGUGGUCACAGAUCGAGCGGCGCAAGAUCAUGGAGCAGUCGCCCGACAUGCACAACGCCGAGAUCUCCAAGCGGCUGGGCAAACGCUGGAAGCUGCUCAAGGACAGCGACAAGAUCCCGUUCAUCCAGGAGGCGGAGCGGCUGCGCCUCAAGCACAUGGCUGACUACCCUGACUACAAGUACCGGCCGCGGAAGAAGGUGAAGUCGGGCAACGCGGGCGCGGGAUCGGCGGCCGCAGCCAAGCCCGGGGAGAAGGGCGACAAGGUCGCAGGCGGCAGCGGCCACGCGGGAAGCGGCCACGCGGGGGGUGGCGCGGGCGGCAGCUCUAAACCCGCGCCCAAGAAGAGCUGCGGCCCCAAGGUGGCGGGCAGCGCGGUCGGCAAGCCCCACGCCAAACUCGUCCCGGCGGGCGGCGGCAAAGCGACUGCAUCGUUCUCUCCGGAGCAGGCCGCCCUGCUGCCCCUGGGCGAGCCCACGGCAGUCUACAAGGUGCGGACUCCCAGCGCGGCCACCCCGGCCGCCUCCUCCUCGCCGACCAGCGCGCUGGCCACCCCUGCCAAGCACCCGGCCGACAAGAAAGUAAAGCGCGUCUACUUGUUCGGGAGCCUAGGCGCUUCGGCGUCCCCCGUCGGGGGCCUGGGAGCAGGCGCCGACCCCAGCGACCCGCUGGGGCUGUACGAGGAUGGAGGCCCGGGAUGCUCGCCCGAUGGCCGGAGCCUGAGCGGCCGCAGCAGUGCAGCAUCAUCGCCAGCCGCCGGUCGCUCGCCAGCUGACCACCGAGGCUACGCCAGCCUGCGCGCAGCCUCACCCGCCCCGUCCAGCGCGCCCUCACACGCGUCCUCGUCGCUCUCCUCGUCCUCGUCCUCCUCCUCUGGCUCCUCGUCGUCCGACGAUGAGUUCGAAGACGACCUGCUCGACCUGAAUCCCAGUUCAAACUUUGAAAGCAUGUCCCUGGGCAGUUUCAGCUCCUCGUCGGCGCUCGAUCGGGACCUGGAUUUUAACUUCGAACCCGGCUCAGGUUCCCACUUCGAGUUCCCGGACUAUUGCACGCCCGAGGUGAGCGAGAUGAUCUCGGGAGAUUGGCUGGAGUCCAGCAUCUCCAACCUGGUCUUCACCUACUGAAGGGAGCGCGGGCCGGAGAGAAGGAGGGCCAAGAGGCAGGAGAGGAGAGAGGAAAACAAAAGCAAAACAAACGAAAAA